GACGAACGAUAGUAAUGACGCUUUCAUUGUAUUUUAGAUGCUUUCUUUUGGGCUUAAAAUUAUUCGGUCAAAUUUUACAUUAUUUUUACGUUCCGAUUACCUACUUGAGGGUUUGCCAAUGAUAUAAUUGGAAUUAAUCCUAAUUUGAAGAUGUAAUAUAGCUGGGAAUCUACACAAUUAAUCAGACACAAAAAGAUAUAUUGAAAUGAAGUCAAAAAAGGAUGACUUAUCUAACGAUAUUGAAACGCUGCUCGAGGAAGUCAAAAUAGUACAGGCGAAUCUCUCCGAUCUCCCAGACGAAAGUCUUGACGCUAUGGAGGAAGGACUUCGGGAGGGCAUAACAAUUCUAGUCAAGUGUGAGGAAGCUGCCAUUCUCUUGGAGCAGAAGAUCAUGGAGUAUCGCCAGGAAGUAGAGGUUCAGGCGCUUUUGAAGGAGCUUUUGGUGAUCAAGGCGCGUAUUGCCAAGUUGCUUUUGCAGGCGCGCCAGGGGUUGACUACGAUCCAGGUAAGCAAGAAUGCGAAGGUUGAAUUAGCACGCCAAACUGAAGAAACGGAAGAACAGAAAAACAAAAUAGCCAAACUCGAUCAUUGGCUUGCAGAUAUUAAUAAUGAGCUUAAAGAAUCAACUAAACAAUCGGACGUUUUGACUGAAGAUGAUAUUAUUAGGUAUAUUGAAGUAUAUGAAAGGUAUAUAAGAGAAUAUGAGGAGUACGAAACUAUAAUAAAAUCAAUUGUAGUGAUAAAUCGUGAUGAUUCUAGUCAAAUGAAACAAAAUUUAAAUAAGACGAUAAAAACGUUGGAGGAAACAAGGAAUCUAGUCAUUUUAGAGAUAGAGAGAUUGCGACAAAUGUUGAUUCAAAUCCGAACUGCUCCUGAGGUCGUGGAUGAUGAUAUUUCUCAAACUGAUCGAACUAUUGAUUCGACAUCUAUGCCAGAGGAAAUUGUGUCACCUCGUGAACCUGCACACAUCGAAGAACCAGAAGUUAAAGAACCUCUUAUUGAAAAGAUUGAAACUGAUGUCAUUUCUAAAGUUGAAAGUGAACCUAGCAAAUUAGAAACGAAAAUUGAAGAACCUAAAGAAAGAGAAGAAAAACAAGUUAAGCCUAAUGUAACCAUUGAGACACAAACUGGCAAGAGUCUUCUAUCUGAGCCUCCAUCCCUUGUUGACAAGUCUGUGAUAUGUAAGACAGAGGAUAAAGUAAUGCAAGACGUUUCUGUUACUUGUGCACCACCUCAAGAAGUGACAAUACAAACGAGUGAAGCAAAAUCAUCGAAUAAUGAGAUUCUUGAAAAUAUAGAAGUGAUACAAACAAUAUCUGACGGACAUGAAACCAUUGAAGUCGCCAGUCGACCUGUGAGGAGAGAUCAGAAAAUCGAUGAGAAAUCAUUAUUUGUUGAUGCUCAAUACAAAGAUGAUAACCUGCAGAAAGACUCUAAACUAAAUAUUACACAUAGUUUACCACAAUCAUUUGAAACUGUUAUGGUUGAACCAGACGAGACAACUACUGAGGUUGUCGUUGAUGCUGACGGUACAAAAAGAAUAAUAGUCAAAAAAGUUAGGAAGACGCUAGUGACACGACAGCAAAUAGUUCAACCUCAAUAUUCUACUGGUGAAGAUAUCCCUCAAGAUCAGUCAUUUUCAAGGUUAGUUCUUACGGAAGAUGCUGGCUACAAAACAAGAUUAUUAGAAGACGGUGGAACGAGAUAUAUUCAGUAUCAAACUUCUGAUGGACAAGUUAUAACUGGAGUGCCUGAUAGUGAAGUAACAAUUCAAGAAUUUACUUCCAGACCAGAUAUGGUGAUUAAAAUGGAAAAGGGAAUGAAACCCGAAGAAAUACUUCAACUUGCUGAAGGUGAAAUACCAUCUCAUAUUCAAACAUCUUCUUCGAGUGUCACGGCUGUUGUUCAGCAAGUUACAAAACGAAUAGUAAAAACAAAACGACGUAUCAUUCGUCGAGUUACCAUAGUCGAUGGUAAAGAACACCUCACUGAAGAAGUAGUUGAGGAACCCGACGAUGUAGAAGUAUUUGAGGAACAAAUCCCCAGAGUUUCUAUUAAUGUUAAAGACGGAAAAACAACUGUAGGUGAUUCAAAUAACCAAGACAAUCCACCAUUCCCUCUUAGUGCUGGGCCAGGAGAUAAACGUGAUGAUGACAUAGAUAAAAACAGUAAAAAAGACCAUGAAAAUAAAUUUGAAGAUAUAAAACCAUCUCCAAAAGAACAACAGGUUGAUAAAACAUUAAAGGACGAAAAACAACCUACAGAGUUGAAUGAUCAAAAGAUUUCAGAUUUACGGACACUAACUAAAGAGUUUUUAGACAAGGAAAGUGCUCAAAUCGGAAGAGCUGUAGUAACAGAAUCUAUGUAUCCAAGUGAAUCUGAAAUAAUAUUGCACCCAACAUCACAGGUAGAAACAGACAAAAGCAUGGAAGGUGGUAUAUCCUUCAUUACUGGUAAUAUACAUUCUACAGUACAAUCAAAUCGCUCAAAAAUUGCUACUCUUGUAAAAAAAGUAACGAAGAAAGUAAUCAGGAUAAAAAAACGUAUUAUAAAACACAUACAAAUAAUUGACGGAAAAGAACACGUCACUGAAGAGGUAAUAGAGGAACCAGAGGAAGUGGAAAUUACUGAAGAUGAACCACAAAUAUCUCAGUUCGUUGAAAAUGAAGGAGAAACCCAAACCAAGCGUAUAAGAAUUAUACGACAAGUUCACGUUAUCGACGGGAAAGAACACGUUACUGAACAGAUUGUAGAAGAUCCUGACGAUCAAGAAGAAUCUAGUUCUAAAUCUGUAUAUUUACCUACUCAUCAGCUAAAUAUUACAGAGGUCUUAGAUCCAGAAAUUCCCGAUGAUUCCAAAGAAGAACCUACACUAUCACCACAAGAUAAGAGUAUCAAAGAGUUAACCAAAGAUUUAAUUGAAAGAGAAAUUAGUAAUUUGGAAACUAGAAAACCACAUGAAACAGAGCAGCUCACUACAGAAGAUUCGAAAAUAGUAGAAGAUCCUGUAAGAGAUAGCGAAAACUUAACUCAAACACAUACGCGAACUAUAUUAACAAAAACAAGGAAGCGCAUUAUAAAACAUAAACAAAUUAUUGACGGUAAGGAACAUGUGACUGAAGAAGUUAUUGAAGAACCUGACGACGUUCAAGUUUUUGAAAAUGAACCAAAUUUCGCACAAUUUAUUCAAAAACAAGACAAUACGCAAACAAAACAUUUUAAAGUUAUAAGACAGGUUCAUAUAAUCGAUGGAAAGGAACAUGUCACGGAACAAAUUGUAGAAGAUCCCGAUAACAGUGAUAAAAUUAUGUCUGAAACUGUUCCGAGUUCCAAGUUAGAUAUCACCGAAAUCAUAGGUCAGGCAACUUCUGCACCUUCAGAUGAUGCUUACAAUAUUGUGACAAAAGAUGAUAAAAAAUCUAAAGAUCUAGCUUUAAAAGAAAUUGACCAUACAAAAAUAACACCAGCGCCAAAGAAGAUUCCUGAAAAAGAAACAAAGAUGGAACAGGAGCAUGGUGUAGCUGUGCCAGAAAUUAAGGAAAUAGAUAAAAUAGACAGAGACAAGUAUAAUGAAACACACAUGCGCACAAUACUAACUAGGACGAGAAAGCGCAUAAUAAAACACAUCAAAGUAAUUGAUGGGAAGGAACAUGUUACUGAAGAAGUAAUUGAAGAACCAGAUGAUAUUGAAGUAAUAGAAACUAGACCCUUAUCGUCACAUGUCAUUCAAAGAGAAGGAACUAAAACUAAACGAAUCAAGAUAAUACGCCAAAUCCAAACUAUUGAUGGUAAAGAACAUAUCACAGAGAAAAUAGUAGAAGAUCCUGAUGAUGAAUACGUUGCAGAUUCUACCGUGACUGCGACAGUAGAUGUACAAAUGGAUAAACCUGAUUUAACAUCACACAAAGAGAAGGAGAUCUUGGUUUCUAGUAUUCCUGGUGAUAAGACUACAAUACCUUUUAAAAUCGAUAUUAAUAAAGAUCUAAUUAAAAGUGAAAUCGCUGGUUCGGAUAUAUUACCAAUACCUAUCAAAAAUAUUGAUAAAGUACUGAAACCAGAAGAAUUAGUUUUUGAUAAUACCACUGCAAACGUUUCUCCAAGUCAACCAAGUGAAAAACCAAAUAAAAAAGACGACACUAAGCAAAUUAUAACAAUAGCAAAAACUGUAAUUGAAACUGUCGAUCCUGAUGAUACUAUAACAGAGAAAGUUAUCAACGAUCAAUUUGACUUUACUUCAGAAGAGAAAGUGCCCAAUCUGAAAAUAGAAAAGGAAAAAGAACCGCAUCCUGGUGAUAUUUCACGCAUGCUUAUUGAAAGUGAAUCGAACCACUCAACAGUGUUAAUCUCGUCACCAAAUAAUGUAGUUGUAGAGGUUUUACAAAAAUCGGAUUUACAAGUUCCAAUGGAUUUAAGGAAGGAAGAUGCGGAUAAUAAACAAACUAUUAUUUCUGAAAAAGAAGAUAUUAAAUAUAUUGAAAAACAAAAUGAACCCGUUAUUGAAAAACCAAGUCAAGUUGCAGAUAAAACUGUGCCAGUAAAAACUCAAGACGUUCUUAUACCAAAGUCUAGCACCUUCACUCCGGAAAAUAAAAUUACAGUCGAAGAUGUAAAGAAGGAAAAACAGCAAUUACCAUCUACACCCGAUGAUCAAGAACAGCAUGUAGAAAAGAAUAUUCUGGACUCAACUGUUAUUACUGAAACAGAUUUACAUAUAAACAAAUUAGAUAUGGAAAAACCGAAAGAUAAGUCGAAAGAAAUUGUUGACUACACUAAAGUAGACAUUAACAUGAGCUUUAUCAAAGGAGAAGUGGAUCAAACUAAAGUAAAACCAUCAUCAAGCGAGUUAUUGAACGAAAAUGUAACCGAAGUAUAUAAACAGCUUAGUCCAAAUAACGUGAAUGUACAAUCUGAAUUAAAACCCGAAGAGGCUAGUUUUAGGUUACCAGAUAACGAAAUUAUUGAAAAAUUAGCAUCAGAGGCAAAACUUGGUUCAGAUACAAUUAACAAAGGUGAUGAAAAAGUGGUUGACCAAAGCAACCCAAAAGAUCGAUCUCUCAUAGAUACUACAUGUAGACUAAUUGAAAGUGAAACUGAACAUUCAUACAUUUUAUCGGAAAAGUCAAAAGCAAAAGUUUUAAGUCCGUUUGAAUCAACGGAAACUAUAGAUUUCCAAGAUAACAAGCAAAAAGUAAUAUCAGAAGAUGACGCUAUGGAUAAUCACAAACUAAUAGAGGUAAAAAAAGAUAAGCACAUUAUUGUUUCAACAGCAGAUUCAGUUAAAACUGUUUCUAAAGAGCCUAUGGAAGUUUCUCUUCCAAGAGAGACAGUUGAUAUUGAAAAUGUUACACAAAAUAUAAGUAAAACCAUAACCCGAAGGCGUAUAAUCAAACACGUUCAAAUUAUUGAUGGAAAAGAACACGUGACAGAAGAAGUCAUUGAGGAACCGGAUGUAGUGGAAGCUAUAGAAGCAACUCCAAAUCCUAAUAUAAAUAUUCAAGAGGAAGGUAUAAAGACAAAAAGAAUUAAGAUAAUACGACAAAUGCAUAUCGUAGACGGAAAAGAACACGUUACAGAACAGAUUAUUGAAGAUUCGGAUGAUGAAUAUAUACCAGAUAGUACAAUUACGGCUGAUAUAAAUUUAAAUUUAACGGAAUCUGAUUUAAGUAAAGUAAAACCAGAAAAACACAUUUCUGAAGGCUUAAAGAUUGAAGAAAUUGUAGAGGGCGAGCCAAAAGAAACAAUAAAAACAGAAAAUACUGACGAUAGUCAUUUGAUUUUAACUAGUCAGCUAACAGAAAACGUUAAAGGCGAAACUCCUAUGAUUGAAAUUAUGCAUAAUGUCCCAAAAAUUGCAGUAAAAAAAGAAAUGAAAAUGUCUCAGCAGCCAGAACUGUCAAACUAUUUAGAUAAGGAAAUCCUAGCGAUUUCUACACAAUUGGAUAUAUUAGACGUAGCACCAGAAAAUUCUCCUCAAAGCAUUAAAGAUAUUUCAGAAGAAUUUUUAACUCGAGAAACCACUAAACUUUCAGACAUUCCAAAAUCAGUGGAUGAUAGUAGUCGUGACAAAGAGGAAAAGAAGCUAGUAAGGGGACUAGUCGUAACUCCUGAAAUAACUGAUGCUAAUGAUGCAAUUGAUAUCGUAAUAUCCAAAGAUACACAGCUUACCGAUGAAAAAGUGAAUGCAAGUCCAUCAGCGGAGAGUCGUGUUGAAAGUACUAUGAAACCACUACAUCCUCCCAUUCAAUCAUCAAUACAGGUGGAACCCGUAGAGACUGAUACUGUAGUAAGUGAAAUGGACGUAAAUUUUGAAAGUAAGAAACCAGAAAUAUCUUAUAUUCAACAGUUUGAACCUGUAACUCAAGACUCUCCUGAAAUCAUAGAAAAGGACUUAACAAUCCAAUUUAUUGCUUCAGAAGUUAAGCCAACGGAGACUAAAGAUUCUGUUGAUAUAGUUGCUGCUCCUGUAAGAUUAGAUUCAAAACACGAUAUCACCACGUUUAUCGAAUCAGAACGAAUAGACACAGAUUCAAGAAUUAUACAAGAUUCUCUAAAGCUGUCCAAUAAAGAAAUAUCUGAGGCUAUUCCUGAAAAGUUACUAGAAAUAGAAGAGUUUGAAAAUAAUUUAGAGAAACCCGUAAAUGUUAUCAAACCAUCACAAACAGUCGACAUGUUAAUGUCUCUUUCGAAACUAGACAAGAAUAGGGAAUACGAGCCAAAAAUUGAAGUAGAUAUAAAAUUAGAAAAAUUCGAAACACAAAAACCGUCCAUAACUAAAAGAGAGAUUAGGACUGAAUUACCAAGUGAAAUUGUAAUAGUCGAUAAACAUCCAAAAAAAGAGGUCUGUGGUAAAGUAAAGAAAGAAGUAACAGAUAAACAGUCAGUUUGUGAAGAAUCAGUCACAUAUGAUCCGAAAGUCGAACAUCCAUCUGAGGAUAAGGAAUCUCACGAGAGUGCCGAUUUAGUUCACACUGAAACUUCUAUCGAAACGGAUAAAAGUAUAGAUGAUACUGAAAGUUCAUCAUUGGGUCAUUAUGUUCAAUUAGAAACUGCUGCAUCACAUGAAUCUCCGAAACCGACUGAGAAUGUAUUGGAAACUGUUGUUACUUCAAAAGAUAUCAGUGACGAGCCUUUAUCUGCUUCAACAGAAUUCGAACAAAUUACUGAAAGAGGAUACGAACCUGAAGAUACAUCAAUAAAUAAGGAACCAGUUGCGGAAAAGAGGAAGAAGCAUAAAAAACAAAAAUCUCAUAUUAUUAGUGAGGAAACAGUUUACCCAAAACAAACGACUACAGAAGAUGAUACCGCAGUUUCAACACCCGUUGAAAUGAAAGAACCGAUCCACCAAAAGAAAACCAAAACUAAGAAAGGCAAAAAGAAGACUCCUGUUACGGAUAAGUCUCCAGAAAAUAUUAGUGUAACAACACCAGACACAAAAUGUGAGAGUCCUAAAGUAGGACAUGAAAUUGUUACAUCAUCGCCCCAAGAAGAAUCGUGUCAUACAAUAAGCGAGACUUCUGAGGCUAACACAAUAAAAAUUGUUGAAGAAUGUAUUGGUAGUAGUCCUGAAGUCGUUACUAAAGAAGUAACUACCACUGUAACGUAUCCAGUUCCUAUUGUUGAAGAAAUUCCUACUAGUGAAUAUUCAGUUCAGACUUCACCAGAUGUAGUGGAAACUGAAAAAGACAAAGUCGAAACUCCCAAAACGGAGGUAAUUAGUACUGAAUUGCAAACCUCUCCCACUCCAGUUAAAGAAAUAUUGACACAAACUACACCUAUUAAAGAAGUGGAAGCUGAAACUCAAACAUUAGACACCAUAAAAAUAACGGAAAAAGUUGAUAGUUUAGAUUCACAAGUACAAACAAGCCGAACUGAAUCACCUGAAAAAAUAAUAACAUCGGAAGUUACUACACAAGUCGUUUUGAGAGAUUUACAAACACCGGAUGACAAAUUCUCACAGACAUCAUCGCCUAUCGAAGAGGUUGAGAAAGGAAAAGAUUGCCGAGAUAUGCAAACUUCGCCUUUACCGCAAGUGCAAAAGAAUGAAAAGAGCACAGAAAUUGUCAUUGAAACUGCAGAGAGUAACAUCCAAACUGUAAAACAGGACGUAAUAGAUCAAGAAACUUCAACGUCACCAGUAAAAGUUAAAGAAUUAACAGAAAUGAGUAUUCAAACACCAGAAGUACCUGUUGUUGAUACUUACACGCAGUCUGAGUUAUCAAUUGUGGAUAUGAAAACUUACAAAGCACAGAGUCCGAGCUUACCCGAAUCAGAUGUUACAAAUAUAGUCGAAACAAUCGACAAUUCUCAACAAACGAGUCCAAGAACUGAAUAUGUUGAGAUAAAACCAGAAAUUGAUGAGUCCAAAAAAGAAAUAAUAAUGAUUGACAGUACACAACAAACUUCACCGAGAGUUGAAAAAGAUAUUACGUCUCCUAAAUCAUCUUUAGAAUUUAUUAAAAAUGAAAUCAUUACUAUUGACAGUACUCAACAAACAACACCCAGAGACUACACACAAAUUGAAAGACCAAAAGCGUUAGAAACAUACGCUGAUAAAAACAACAUAGUAACUAUUGACAGCACUCAACAAACAACUCCUAGAGGAUAUUCAGAGGAUUCCAUAUCAACUUCUACUGAUGAACCUUAUGAGGUUCAUUUACAUGCGCAAAUUUCUAUUCCUCGUACUGAUGACUUUAUUGAAAACGAACGCCAAGCAGGACAAAUUUCUCAACACAUUCCGAAAGAAUCGAACAGACAGAAGAAACGAAAAGCUAAGAAAAAGGUUGAAUCCCCAUUAUUGUCACCUAGCAGUUUAUCAGAUCCUAUCAAUGCCGAACUUUCAUAUUCUAUAACACCUACAAGUGAUGAUUUAUCAAGCAAAGAAGCGUCUUCCAUAGACGAAGGUAUUUCUCAAAUAGCUAGCCCUGUUUAUCCAAAUCAACAAGAACUAUACAACCUACCGACCAAACCUACAUAUUCUGAUGUUGUACAAAGAUCUAAAUCGAAAUCGCCAUCACCAAGCAAAACAGUAUUUACACCUAAGGUUGGUAAGACUAGACUUAUUAAUACAUUGGAGAAGAGAACGCAGUACCUUUGUGAACCACGAAAAAUGCCGGACGAUACAUUAAGUGUAGCACUUAUUGAACCUUCCGUGGAAAAAUCAUAUGACUUAGUUGUUAAUAAGGAAUUGAAAGAAGUUAGCAAUGCAAUAAAAAAUAACGAUCCAGAUAAAGUCGAAAAAAGUAUUCUUGUAGUUAUUGAAACGAUUUCAAUUUGGUUGGAAGAGAUUCAGUAUAAAAUUCAAAGACAAGCUAUAGAAGGAAAUAAACCAUCAAAUGAAUCAGAACGGGUAAAAUCAUUAGAAAAUUAUGUUCAAAAUUUAAAAGAAAUAAUUUAUGUCACAGAAGUGAAUGAAGAAAUUGUAACUUUAAUCGAAACCUUAACACGCCAAAUACAUACUGUUAGCUACUUAAGAAACCGUACAACAGAAAAGGUAAAAGAAGAGGAAAGGGAAUGGGAUAAAUUCUUAUCAGACAUUGAUAGAUUGAGCUCGUCUGUAGAAGAACUUAAAAUCACGCUGGAUAAACUAAUAAUAUCUGAAAAACCAUCCCAAGAGAAACUUGACAAUCUUGAUGAAAUUGAAAAAGACAAUGUAAAUAAUUUAGAUUUUACCAAACAGUUAUUCCAAAAAUAUCGCAGCUUUAUUGAAAUAAAUCCAAAAAGAGAAUGUCCUCCUAAACUGUUCAUACUUGAUGAAGACACUAAACAAAUAGAAAACACAAUAAAUACGGAGAGAGACCGGCUACUUCAACUUACAUCAUUAGCCGAAGAAUACGAACAAACUUUACAGGACUUUGGACAAAUAACUGAUGUUGCUGAAGCGUUGCUUGAUGGUAAAAUAAUCGUGUCUAAUUUAGACCAUCUUCAUGAAGAGAUUCAGAAACACAGAAAAUUCUUUGUAAACUUAAGUCAUUGUAGAGCGAUUCUUGAAUCGCUCGAAAAUAAUUUGGAUACCGAAACAAGAACAAAACAUUCGGCCCUUCACCAUUCUUUACACGAUAGAGCAACAAUAAUCAUUGAUAGAGCAGCUGGUCGCGCUCAGCAAAUGACUUUAGCGGCUUCAAGGUGGAGCGUACUUGAUCAAAGUAUGAAAGAAGAACAACAAUGGCUCAGAGUAGCUCAACAAAGAAUCCCUGACCUCUCAAAUGUAACAUCCAUCGACCACGAGCAAUAUAUUAAUCUUUACCAAUCAAUUAGUCUUGACGCAUCACAACAUUAUGCGAAAAUGAUACGUUUACUGUCUAUAACUGAAGGACUCCAAGGGCUUAUUGUUUGUUCGGGACUUGAAACAGAAUGUUCUGUUGCACUCGACAUGCUGAUCAAGCUUCAGGAAGACGUCGACUCUAGAUUGACUCGUCUAACAGCAUUUAGGGAGAACUGGUUAACAUACGAUCAUCUUAUUGACAGAAUCGAGGGCUGGAUGAAACUCGCAAAUAAAGAGUUAGAACAUAUAACUCCUGAGAACAUAACAACAACGAGUAAUCUUCGCCGUUUCUGGGAACUGAAGGCACAACAUGAAGUUCAUAACAACUUGAAAAACGAAUUAGGAGUCCAAUUCGAAAAGGCAUUAGAAAUUCUCCCAAUAUCUGAUGAAAUGGUACAGCGGCAGUUCUUCUCUAAGAUCGAAGACAAAUGGCGUGAUUUAUCAUCUAGAAUACAUCACAUUCACUCGUCAGCAAUUAAAAAUAUAUCGGAUCGUGACGUUCCGUCUAGUGAAAAGCUAAACAUUUUAGAAGAUGAGAUGAGAGAGCUGCGUGCUAUGUUAGAUGCUCUGAAAGGCGUUAUUAAGAGUGAGGACGAAUUGAAUCUCUACAUCGAGCGUCUUCAAGUAAUGACAAGUCGUAUAGACAGAAUACAGAAUGAGCUCGGUAGGCUAAGUUUACUUCCCACCGCCGAGUCUGAACGCUUAGGCGCACUCUUGACUCAGUCUGGAAUUCUAGAUGAUCAAAUAGCUGAAGAGCUAGAAAGGAGUAUGCUUUUGAAGGAGAAGAUAGUGCAAGUUCAAGCUGGAAUAGGUCGUUGUCAGAAGAGCCAGCGACGAGCGCGACUGACGUUGGAAGAAUGUGAAGCAGCUGAACGUCUCGGAAGUGACGUAGUAGAAAGAGCAUCACAGACAUGCGAGAAAUUAAUAGAAGAUCUAUCAACACAAUGGCGAGACAUCCUAGCUUUGAGACAAGCGCUACACACCUUGCCAACAGCUCUUCGUGUCUGUGUGUCACCUAUAGGCGUCGAAAGGGAUAUUUCUGCUCUUCAGGAUAGUCAUGCUGAAUUGGAAGCCGCUUGCAACGAGCUUAGCGUCCGGCUACGAAGUAAGCUACAGUUGUGGCGACGAUUCGAGCGACAGUUGGAGUUAGUACAAGGUGCUGUACGAGAAGCUGACUAUAUGGUCGAACUGCUGACAGUACAGGGACAAGUCGACUACGAUCGCUUGCUGAAAGCCACUGAGAAACUUGAGACGCUAAGCGACUCUCUGUCGCGUCGAAGCGGCGAACUCGUUGGAUCAUUACGAGAUGCAGCGGCACCAUUGGAAUCCAGCACUGAACCAACUAUCGCUGCCAAACUUCGUAAAGAGUUGGAUGAUGCAGCAGCUGCUUAUGAUCACACCUGUACUAAUCUUACGCAGCUCUGUGACAAGUACCACAAGGCGGUAGACUUAUGGCGACGCUACCGCGAAGCGGCAGCCGGCGUCCGAGCGUUCGCUGAACAACACGAGGGGGCGUUACACGCGCUGAAACCGCACGACGCACCCGCCGCGCAUCAGGUUAGUGUUUUAUAUAUUAAACAUAUUACGAUCAUUAGGAUCUCUGACUACAACAUGAAAUAAUUUAAAGAAAAAAAAUUAGGGUCAUUAGGAUCUCUGACUACAACAUGAAAUAAAGAAAAAAAGAGGUCAGGAAGAGUAUUCAAAAGUGUUUUUUCGUUUAUGCCAAUUUCUUCAAAAAGAGGUUAACUGUCAACUAUACUUUUGCUUUUCUUUAAAAAAAUUAGGCGUAAUAUGACAAGAUAUAUUUACAAAGAAAAUUUUACUUAAUAAUAUUCUGUGGUGAUAAAAACCCGGCUGAAACAUCACUUUGAUUACUUUAUAGUAACUCUAAUGCACUACUGAGUUGAAAGCAAAAGGAUGGCAAACAUAACGUACAUUUAGAAGUAUAACUACUAGGUUUCAAUUUUGUCACAUUUAAAGCGAACUUACCUCAAUUUCGUGAUAUGGAAUUUAUUUUAA